AUGACUGCAGUUCCAGAACCCAUUAGGAACCCGGAGAUUAAAUUUACCCAGAUUUUCAUCAAUAACAACUUCAUUGACUCUGAAAGUGGCAAGACUUUCUCAACUCUCAACCCUUGCACUGGAGAACCUAUAUGUCAGGUUCAGGAAGGAGAUAAAGCUGAUGUUGAUAAAGCAGUAGCAGCAGCCAAGGCAGCCUUCAAGAGGGGUUCACCAUGGAGACGAAUGGAUGCCAGCAAGCGUGGUACUCUACUCUAUAAACUCAGUGACUUGCUGGAAAAGAACCUCACCUACCUAGCUAGUCUAGAGACACUUGACUCUGGCAAGCCAUACAAAGCAGUUUAUGGUGAGCUUGGCUUUGCAAUAAAUGUACUACGUUACUAUGCUGGCUGGGCUGACAAAAUUGAAGGAAAGACAAUUCCAGUUGAUGGAGAUUUCUUCUGUUACACUCGUCAUGAACCAGUUGGCUUGUGUGGCCAAAUUAUUCCUUGGAACUACCCAAUUCCUAUGUUUGUCUGGAAAAUUGGUCCUGCUUUAGCAUGUGGAAAUGUAUGCAUCCUGAAACCUGCUGAGCAAACUCCGCUAACUGCCUUGUAUCUUGGUCAUCUCAUUAAUGAGUCUGGAUUCCCACCUGGUGUAGUUAACAUUAUACCUGGAUAUGGGCCAACAGCUGGUGCUGCAAUCUCUAAUCACAAAGAGAUCAAUAAAGUAGCUUUCACUGGAUCUACUGAGGUUGGACAAAUUGUAAUGCAAGCAGCAGCAAAAUCGAAUCUAAAAAGAUGCUCUCUGGAACUUGGUGGCAAGAGUCCAAAUGUUAUUUUUGCAGAUGCUGACAUUGAUAUGGCUGUUGAAGAAGCCCAUGAAGCAGUCAUGACCAACAUGGGUCAGUGUUGUGUAGCUGGCUCUCGGACUUAUGUACAGGACACCAUUUAUGAUGAGUUUGUCAAGAAGAGUGCAGAACGUGCACAACACAGAAAGGUUGGCGAUCCCUUUGACUUAUCAACUGAAAAUGGGCCUCAGAUUGAUAAGGACCAGCUUGAUAAGAUUCUUGACUUGAUCAAGAGUGGUCAGAAAGAAGGUGCUAACUUGAUAUGUGGUGGAGUCAGAAAAGGGGAAAAAGGUUAUUUUAUACAACCAACAGUAUUUGCUAAUGUCUGUGAUGACAUGAGAAUUGCUAAAGAGGAGAUCUUUGGACCAGUUCAGCAAAUAAUAAAAUUCCAUGACAUGGAGGAAGUAAUUGAACGUGCUAACACAACACAUUAUGGACUUGGUGCUGCUAUUUUUACUAAAGAUAUUAAUAAAGCCAUGACUUUUACUAGUGCUGUAGAAGCCGGUAGUGUCUGGGUGAAUGCUUAUGAUGCAGUGUUCCCACAGUCUCCUUUUGGGGGAUUCAAAAUGUCUGGAAUUGGAAGAGAACUAGGUGAAUAUGGUUUACAUGAGUACACUGAAGUAAAGAAUGGUAAGUAUAACUUUUUUUUCUAA